CGCACAACAAUUUUCAAACCCAUCUGUUUUCGUAAAACACUUCCCAUUUUUCAUUUCAGCCAUGGCGGCCAACACUAAAAGCCUCCAAAUCAUAAUGGGUGCACCAGGGGUGAAGGGGAAGACGGUGACUGCCCUACCAAAAGACGGACUGACGGAUCUCAUACGCUCCGUUGUCUCCGAAAACCAAGAUUUCAAAGAACCCUUUUACGUCCUGGACUUGGGUGUGGUAACGUCUCUCAUGGAGAAGUGGACUCGCAGCCUCCCAACCGUCCGUCCUUUCUACGCGGUUAAAUGCAACCCCGAUCCGGCUUUUCUGGGAGCCAUGGCUGCUCUCGGCUCAGGCUUCGACUGUGCCAGCCAAGCUGAGAUCGAAUCCGUCUUGUCUCUCGGGGUUUCUCCGGAUCGAGUAAUUUUCGCUCACCCGUGUAAAAUUGAGUCUCACAUCAAGUAUGCCGCUGCGGUUGGUGUUAAACUAACCACCUUUGAUUCAAUAGGCGAAAUCGAAAAGAUCCGUAAGUAUCACCCGGAGUGUUCCUUGCUCAUCAGGAUCAAACCUCCGGAUGAAAGCGGCUCCAUGUACCCGCUUGGGUCAAAGUUUGGUGCCCUUCCAGAGGAAUUUGCUCCACUCCUUCAAGCCGCCCAAUCUGCAAAACUAACCGUCUCGGGUGUCUCGUUCCACGUCGGAAGCGCAACCACCAACUUCAGCGCUUAUCGGAGCGCUGUAGCUGCGGCAAAAGCAGUGUUCGACACUGCUUCGCAGCUCGGCUUGCCCAAAAUGCUCGUGCUAAACAUUGGUGGGGGCUUCACGGCGGGUCCAAAUUUCGACCACGCAGCUAACGCUGUUAAAUCAGCCCUCCAUGAGUACUUCAAAAACGAACCGGAUCUAACUGUCAUUUCCGAACCGGGCAUGUUUUUCGCCGAGUCCGCUUUCACUCUGGCGACUAACAUCUUCGGGAAGCGCGUGAGGGGGGCGUCGAGGGAGUACUGGAUAAAUGACGGCGUUUAUGGGUCCAUGAACUGUGUCCUGUCCAAUGUGACAUUGAAUGCCCCGUUUGCGUGCACCUCGAAUCAUGGUAACCCCACAUGCCAAGGGAUGAAGACUUAUUGUUCGACUGUGUUUGGGCCCACAUGCGCCGCCGUUGACACGGUGUUGAGGGGUCACCAGCUACCGGAAUUGCAGCUGAACGAUUGGCUGGUGUUUCCAAACAUGGGGGCGUAUACGGCAGCAGUUGGUUCUAACUUUAAUGGGUUUAAGGCCGCGAUAACUACCCACCUUGUGUAUUCCAAUCCAUGAUAAACGAAUAGUCAUGAUCUGCACUCGCGCUAUUGCUCCUUCCAAAAAGAUUGUUCAAUUCACAAAAUAAGAACUUCAAAAUAAUGCAUUUUUAAUUGCAACUCAAAA